AUGAAGCUCCCCACCCUCGCCGCCGCAGCCCUCACCCUCCUCACCACCGCCGAAGCAGUCAAGAACACCACCCAAGAGUUCCGCCUCAAGACCCAUGUCAAACCCGGCCAGAAGGGCAAGGCAGCUUACAGCGACCUCUACCUCGAAGCCUACCACACCGGCGCCGGUCUCGACGAUGCCGUCCUAGUGCCCAAGAAGAAGAGCGGCAUCAAAGGCUUCCUCAACGGGACCAACGGUCGUGAGGGAGACAUCAAGUACCAAAACGUCGUCUUCGACCUCGGCACCGACUUCGGCUGGUCCCUCAUCAUGGCCGGCAAUGUCGAGUUCUACUCUGGCUGGCAGCCUGUGCAGGUCAACGCUGGCGAAGGACCGAGCGAUCCGGAGGGCGACAGUGGGUUCUGGUUCAACGGGACGGGGCUGCAGUGGACGAGCAAUCCAGAGGCGAGGCCGAAGAGCCCGACGAAUGAGUUCGGAGGGUGGCUGGUGUGUGAUUGGUGGCACGGCGUUCCGCAGCUCUUCUUCCGCCUGAGCUACUACGACGACUACCCAGCCCCGAAGAGCUGCGCGGACGUGUACCUCUGUCCGGAGUACAUCUGA